AGGUGGUUCACAUGCCUGCGCACUGCGCGCAACACGACGCACUAAACGGGACUAUUCCUCUUGACGAAACGACAAUUAGGAUUUCUCAACUCUUCUGCAUCUUCCGUCAAGGUUGAAGACACAUUCUGAACAAAGCUGUCAAAGCAAUGAAAGCAUGGAGAGUUGGCUUUCUUUGCUUAGUGGUCUUGAACGCAACAGUGCGCUAUGUGACGUCUCUGGAGCAAGAACUGACUGAUUCUAUUUUUGGUAACUUCCUGGAUCCUAUUAAAGACUGGUUUGAGCAGAAGAAUGAAGCCAAUCAAACGGCGGCCAGAUUCUCCCUGCGAACACCUUCCCAGCCGGAAGACGACCUUUGCUAUAUCCAUCCUGGCCAAGCUGACUCUCUGGCGGCCUGUGCCUUCAACAAAACCGCCAAAACCUUCCUCAUCAUCCACGGAUGGGCGUUGAGCGGCAUGUUUGAAAGCUGGGUGGCUAAGCUGGUGUCGGCAUUGUAUGAGCGAGAGAAGAUGGCCAACGUCAUCGUGGUGGACUGGCUCAGCACGGCGCAGAACGACUACGUGAUUGCGGCCCAGAACACCAAGGCGGUGGGACAGGAGGUGGCACGCUUCAUCGACUGGAUUGAGGAAACCACCAACAUUCCUCUUGACAACCUACAUCUUAUUGGAUACAGCCUUGGGGCUCAUGUGGCAGGCAUUGCAGGCAGCCACGCCUCUAACAAAGUUGGAAGAAUAACAGGUUUGGACCCAGCCGGGCCAAACUUUGAGGGUGAGCACGCCCACAGGCGCCUGUCCCCAGAUGACGCCGAUUUCGUGGAUGUGCUCCACACCUUCACCCGAGGCUCUCUGGGUCUAAGCAUCGGCAUUCAGCAGCCUGUAGGCCACGUGGAUAUCUACCCCAAUGGAGGCAUCUUCCAGCCAGGCUGCAACUUAAGAGGAGCUCUGGAGAAGAUUGCUACAUUUGGGUUAUUUGCAGCCAUCGGCGACGCCGUCAAGUGCGAGCACGAGCGCUCUAUCCACCUCUUCAUUGACUCUCUGCUAAACGAGUGGGAGGCGGCCAAGGCCUACCGCUGCGGUAGCAACGAUAUGUUCAACCGCGGCAUGUGCCUCAGCUGCCGCAAGAGCCGCUGCAACACGGUGGGCUACGACAUCAGCAAGGUCCGCAAACCGCGCAAUGUGCAGAUGUACACCAAGACCAGAGCCACUAUGCCCUUCCGAGUUUACCACUACCAGUUGAAGAUCCACUUCUCCAGUAAAGUGAACCGCUCGGAGAUGGAGCCCUCGCUUACAGUCUCACUCUUUGGAACCAAGGGGGAAGCGGAAGACCUGCAGCUUAAACUGAAGGAGAAAAUAGCAGCCAAUAGGACUCAUUCUUUCCUAUUGGUAACCGAAAAGGACAUAGGUGAGCUGUUGAUGUUGAAGUUCAAGUGGGAGGAGUCAAACGGCUGGUCAGCCUCCAGUAUGUUGAAGAUGGUUUCUUCCUGGUGGUCCGGCGACUCCGACAGCGCCAACAUGGAGGUGCACAGAAUUCGCAUCCGGGCAGGAGAGACACAGCAAAAGAUGGUAUUGUGCUCAAAAGAUCCUGAUUCUUCCAACUUAAUGCAAGAACUUACCUUCGUCAAAUGUAAGGGAACGUGGAGAACGCAUCCAAAAAGCACUCCCAAAAGAAUAACCUUGGAGGCCCACUGAACCUGUGGAGAAAACUACCACCAACAUCAACCUUGUGUACAUUUAAGCACUUAGUGAAUAAUUUAUUUGAUGUCACCUAAUACAAAAAAAGCCUCACACUGACUUUUAUGUAUACACAGGCGUGUUUUUGGUUUUUUUAAUAUUUAAAACAUCAUGUUUUAUGUGUUCUACUCAUUUGCGUAUUUACUGAAUAUGUAGUGUUCUAAAUGUAACCUAACAAGCAUUCACCACUGUGGCCCCUAACACUGCAUGUGACUGGGGGACUGGAUCAGUGUGCCUUAAGUUCAACAAAGUGCUUUGUCACUGCGUGUGUGUUUUGUGGGUGCUUUUUUGUUGUUAUGGCAACAAACAGACAUUACUAUUGCCGUUCUACUGAGUUACACCUCCUGCUGUGAAAUAAGACUUGACUGUUACCUCAACAAAGUGAUGUUUUUGUUUGAACGUAGUUAUAUUGCUUUUUUAUAGGGGUGCAAUGGUGCUUUUGCAGGGUAUAGGACAGUCUAUACUGUAAAACGGCUAAGUAUAGCAAUGUUCCCAAUAGGUAUGAAGGCUUUUUUUGCGUUUGUGGGAUGAGGGGGGCACAUGGUUUUGGACGUCAGUGGUAGCCAAUGAGCUACGUAAUUCCACCAAUUUUUAAAUUUGCACGUGUCUUCCACGAUAAUGCACAAAAAAAAGGAAUUUCCAUUUUUCUGUGUCACUCCUCAGAGAUCGGUACUGUAAUCAUUGUGACUUUUUCCAACUUCAAAAACACGUGCGAAUACUUUGUUACUGCACUGACUACAGGGGAGGCCAUUUUUAAAGUGUACAGAAAGAAGAUCUGAUGUAAAUAAGAGACCAUUGAUUUUUGUAGUAAAAACCACUGUUUCUAUUAUAAAAUCUAGUCAGUUUUCAGUGUAUAUAAAUGUAAAUAUGUUAUAUUGUGUAUAUUUAAUAAACAACAUGAAAGUUCAA